UCGCUCACCGAGUUGUCAGUCGAGUCCGAGUGAGUGAAGCCACUCUUCGCGCUGGUCGCGCAAAUCCUCUGCGGGGCAUCUGAUAACUGAUUCCUGUCCAUUAUCUACCGGCCGCUGUCUCGUCAUCAGCUUAUCAUUCGCCGCGAUCGAAUCUUGGAAUUUCAUCAACAAUGUCAUCGCACGUGACGAAUUUUUACAAUGGUAAGAGCGUCUUCAUCACCGGCGGCACCGGUUUCGUCGGCGUCUGCCUGAUAGAGAAACUGCUGAGAUGUUGCCCCGACAUCAAGAGCAUUUACCUGCUGAUGCGUCCGAAGAAGGGAAAGCAGAUCACGGAGAGAUUGGAGGAAUUGACGAAAAAUUCUGUCUUCAACCGAAUGAAGGAGGAGAAGCAAACCGAUUCAUUUAAGAAGCUGAUCCCAGUUGCUGGAGACGUCAGCGAAGAAAAUUUGGGAUUGUCCCCGCAAGAUCGAACGACCUUAAUAAAUACAGUGGAAGUCGUUUUCCACUCGGCCGCGACGUUGGACUUUGAAGCCGAUCUAAGAACUACGACAAACAUUAACUUGUUAGGAACUCGCAGGAUCGUCCAGCUCUGCCGUGACAUUAAAGAACUCAAGGCGCUGGUUCAUGUCUCCAGUGCAUACGUUAAUUCCGUGUUGCACGAUGUCGACGAGAUCGUGUAUCCCGCGCCAGCGGAUGUAAAUUCAGUUUUGAAACUGGUUGAGUCACUGGAUGACGAAGCCUUGAAUUCUAAAACGCCAGAGAUAUUAAAAAAGCAUCCGAAUCCAUAUACGUUCACCAAACAUUUGGCCGAACACGAAAUAGUAAACGGUGGCGUUCCAGCGACCAUCGUUCGUCCUUCGAUGAUAACAGGAGCGUGGAAAGAACCAAUCCCAGGAUGGACAAUAUCGAAGAAUGGGCCACAGGGUUUUAUAUUAGGUGCCAGUAAGGGUGUUGUGAGGAGAUUGCCAGUUGCAAAAAAUCUCAUUUAUGAUUACAUUCCAGUAGAUACAGUAGUGAACAGUUUGAUUGUAGCAGGGUAUAAUGUCGACCGUGACAGCGACAAAGGAUUGAAAGUGUACCACUGCACGUCUAGCACGUGCAAAGCUUUCAAAUGGGAGAUCGUAGAAAAGGACAUUAAUAAUUAUUUACAUAUAUAUCCGUUACGAAGUGCCGUCUGGUAUCCGUAUCUCAAGUUUAUGCCGUCGCUCUUCUGGUUUAAACUCUCGGCCAUCUUCAUUCAUUUCAUUCCUGCUUACAUUUUGGAUACAGUUACACGAUUAUGCGGAGGUCGUCCUAUUUUGGUUCGUUUGCAUACGAAUGUGAGCAAUUCGUUGGCACGCCUCGAGCAAUUUAUCUUCCAAGAAUGGAGAUUCAAUAAUCCGCGCAUGCUGCAAUUGCACGAGUCGUUAUCGCCAGAAGAUCAAAAGUUGUUCACGCUCGAUAUUAGACCGUUAGUUUGGAAGGAUUACUUUACCGAUUUGAUACAGGGUGUCAGAACAUAUCUUAGCAACGAAUCUCCGAAAUCUUUACAGAAAGCACGUUCCAAAGAUAAAAUACUCAUGGUCGCUCAUCUGGGUUUACAAGCUGUUCUAUUAGGCUUGAUCUGGUGGCUGGUGAAAGUUUUAUUUGCUUCAACGUGGACAAAAACUGGCUUAGUUGUACCAAUAACAUACUUGCUUUUCGAUCAGUUAUAAAUAUGAGACACUAUAUACAUAUUCCAGUACAAUCUGAUAAUUCACAACUGCUAUAUUUCAUUUAUUCAGUAUUUUUUCAGUUAAUCUCAUACAUAGAGUAUUUAUAUUAUUUAUAAAAUUCAUAAAAUUAUAUAAAAUUUAGUACACAAAAUUCAUUGUUUAUAAUAUACAGAUAUAUGUAUGUGCAUAUAUAUAAUAUAUAUAUAUAUAUUAUACACGUAAUAUCAUAUACUUCUUACAUCUAGACUUUUUAUAUAGCUUAACGGGGACAUAAAAUAUUUUUCUAAUUCAUAUUGAAUAAUCUACGAAUAAGUUCAAGAGCAAUCUAGGAAUCUAUUUUAAAGCAUGAAUUGUUAAAGCAUUUUAGAGGUAAUAACGUAGAUUUUUGCUCAGUUGAAAAGAUACUAUUGAAAUAUCAAUAUUUCAAAACACUGAUUUACUUACGUGUGUGUAAAUAAAAUAAUUGUAAUACGUACAUAUAUUCUCAUUUAUUACGUCUUUAAUAUCUUUGCUGGACAUUUCAUAUCUAUGUGUUUGAAAGUUACUAUAAAUAUGCUAUAAUUUUUGUUAUGAAAAUUUAAUCUGAAUUAAUUGAAAAUAACUAGUUGCAGUUUAUUAAAUAAUAAUAAUAAUAAUAAUAAUAAUAAUAAAAAUCAACAACACAAAAAGAUUUCAUUCAGAUUAAAUAUCAGUAUUAGCAUGCACAUUUUAUUUGGUCGGUCUUCCUAGAAUUGAAGUAUAUUUAUUGAUUGUACCUCAAAGCCAUAUAAAUUUUUUAGAUUUUUAGAUCUUUAAUGUAAUAGGUAAUGGGUAUGGAUAACACUCCAUUAUUUAUACUAUAAUUGCAAGAUUUUAUUACACAAGUUCGUUACAAGUUUAUUACACAAAUAUAUUGUUAAUAAAAACACGAUGAAUUUAUAAAUCAA